AUGAAAUCUCUGUGGGAGAACCAGGACUGCGUGGUCACUUUUUUCCGGCGGUUCGGAUGACAGUUCUGCCGCUUGGCUGCCCAGCAGCUGAGCGAGAUCAAGCCCAAGCUGGACGAGCACAACGUGCGCCUCGUUGGCAUAGGGGUGGAGGAGCUCGGCGUCAAGGAGUUUCUCGAUGGCAAGUUCUUUGCUGGAGAUCUAUUCAUCGAUGUGGAGAAGAAAUGCUACAAAGAUUUGCAGUAUAAAAGAUAUGGAAUACUCAACCUUAUUCCAGCUUUGUUUUCGAAGACUUCUAGAGAUGCUAUUGCAGCCUCCAGGACAGCUCAAGUGGGCGGAGACCUGAAAGGUGAUUACUAUCAAGUUGGAGGAACGUUGGUUGUCAAAAAAGGUGGUGAAAAGGUACUUUUGAAUCACAAGCAAGAUUCUUUGGCAGAUCAUGUUGAUAACAAAGAGGUACUGAAAUCCCUCAACAUAUCGUAAAAAGAAACAUCUGUGUUGCAAUGAUCUUCAUGUUCUAGAUUAUGUUAAAUCCAUUUUGAUUCGUUUAAAAAUAUUCAGCAUUGAUUCUGACGAAUGUUUCUUUUUUUGGUAUAAAAAUUGCUUUUCAAAUAUUUUAUUUUACUGUAGUAAAUUUAGUUGUAAACUUUUUGAAUUUCACCACUAAAUUAUUUUUUGGCGACCGUACCAUAUUGCAUAAUUAUUAGAUAUUGAAAUUAAGGGAAUAUAAAAGGGUUAACUGAUAAAGUGUUAACUAAUAGAAUAUAAAAAUGUUAAAAAUUAAUUAAAUAGUAAAGUAUACUUCAGUUAUAGUUUUCUCUCCUAUUUCUAAAGAAUUAGAUUGAUAUAAAAAAUAAUUUAUUUAAAAAAUGGUAUCAUACUCGAUUUUUAAAAGAAAUAGUUGCAGUUAAUGCAUAAAAAUAAUUAAAAUACAGAAUUUUGGGUGGAAAUCGAACUUCAGAAAUAAAUGCUGAUUACUUUUAAGCAUUUCAUAUUGUAAGAAAUUAAUAUUUAAUAUCAUUAUCUGAAGAAUAAUGACCAAUGUUUCGUGUCCAUUUUUUUUCUUCACAUUUUAUAUGAAUUAAAUUUAAGGAAUAACUACACAUUCUUGUCAAUAUUUUCUGUCGGAUAUACAGAUGUCUUUCACGAGAUAAAAAAAUUGUUAAGUUGAAAUAUUUUUCUUGAAACAUGACGUAGCUGUGCAAAAUGUAGCGCAGCUGCUGAUGAAUAUGACGUGGGAAGUAUUUUUACUUUCUUAAUUUUUAUCUUAAACAAAUUCAUUUGUUAAAUCCGAAUUUUUAUACUCUAUUUUUGCAAUGUUUCGCUCGUAUUAUUUUAUGUUGUUUAUUAAAGUAUUUUUAUUAUA